UUUUUCUUCCACCUCCGCUCGCGUGUGCAACUCACGAACUCAUUGAGCGACUAGCCACGAAGACGGAAGCAGGACAGACUCGUCCCAAGUGGUUGCUUGCAUUGCCCAGCGUACAGAGAUUGCCACUGGCGGAAGACGCAGGCGACGGACUUUCUCAAGCUAACUUGCUAUUCUCCUCGAAUUCGCGACACGUACAACCACACGAUCGAGCGCGCCACUGAAACAUGUCCCGAAUGACACCACGCUUUCAUGCCGGUCUGCGCGACUUGACGCGGGCCCGUGCCUGGGGGCCCACGACCAGGACCUCUGGCCCGGAAAUGUCCACUUGGGCGUCUGGCUCUGGCUCGACCUCGUCCUCUGCUUCGUCGUCAUCCUCCUACUCUCCAUCCGCGUCUAACAUGGCAACUGCGACCCUCGCGAGGGGAUAUGCACAUGCCGCGGUAGCAGUAGCUGUCGACGCGCGGACGGGCGGAGACGAGCCGGGCAGGGAAUUCGGACCUGGGGUCGGAGCUGGUACAGUGGGUCGGGGGCGCCGACGACGCACGUCGCUCACACCCCGACCGCCCAUUUCCUCUGUGUCCCGACCUUCCGGCUCUCAGCACCCGGUCCUGGCGGACAUCGAGCAGCGAGUGCGGUUGGUGAAGGAGGCUGCUGACGCCGAGGUCUCCGCCUCUCAAUCUCAGACCCCAUUUUUCACAGAAGAUGAGCUGAUGGCAUUAUACCAGGAUGUUCUAGCACAUCCAGAGCCUCACGAGGUCGAGAUGCAGGCGGUGGAGGCACCACUAGGGGACAGCGAGAAGGAUGCGGCGAUUGUUGCGUCCCUAGAGCAGAGAGUGUCGACAAUUUCUGGAGCAUUACCGGCAACGUCAACCAUCCCGGCGACGCGCGUCAUGCAGCUCGCGACAGCGCGGCUAGAUGCACUCGAGGCACUGGGGAGUGCCGGAGGGCAUGAUCCCAUUGCGGUGCCGCUGUUCACAGCGGAGCAAUUUGGCGCGCUGGUUCGAAGCUGUAUGCGAGAGAGAGACUAUGAAGGGGCGGAGGGUGUAUUGGUGUUGAUGAAGAGGAGUGGGCUGCAGCCACUGCAGGCGCCAAUGACGAUGAUCCUGGCGGAGCAUGUGGCUGCUCGCUCGGUGACACGAUUCGAGCGGUGUUUGACCACGCUGCUGACCCAAGCGCCUGACGAGGAGCAGCGCCAUCUCCAUGUGAGGGUGCAUCUCGCCGCAUCCAAGCAUCUAGCGCUGCCGGAGAGUGCACUGGGAGUGCUGCACAGCUACGAGGCCCAGGCCCUGCCCGCGCCGCAGAAGACGUACCAAUCGGUCAUCUCUGCGCUGUACAGCACCAACACGAGCGUGGGGAAGGCACACGCUUGGGACCUAUUUGCCCACAUGCGCUAUGCUGCGCACCCGGAACCCGACGUGCGCAUGUAUACGACGAUGAUUCGGGCGUGCGCAUCUCCAGUCUCGGGGCGAGGAUCUGAGGCUGAGCGCGCAUUUGAUCUGUGGACGGAGAUGACGGUGGACAAGCGGCUCGUACCGGAGACCGGCACGUGGAAUGCCGUUAUUCUGGCGUGUGCGCGCAGUGGGCGCAAGAUGUGGAUCGACGAGGCAUUCAGCCUCGCACGGGAAAUGUUUGAUGCGCACCGCGAUGCGCGGGGUGUCUCGGCGUAUGUUCCAGACCAGAAGACGAUGUGUGCGCUGCUGGAAGGAGCCAAACGUAUCGGAGAUCUCGCACGUGCGCGGUGGAUUCUGGCGGAGAUGGGCGCACAGGUCGCUGAGGAGGCCUUCAUGCAUGUGCUGCACACGUACACCGCUUACGUCCCCCCGUUCACGCGCCAUCUCGCCCGUGUUGUGCCCUCUAGCAAUACAACUGACGUGACAGAAACAUUGUCAUCCCCGCCGCCUGAAAACGAUCCCUCGCCCCGCUUUACGCGUCUUCCACCGCAGACGGCCUUCGAGGUCAUCACCGAGGUCGAGGCCCUCUGGCAGCGUGUCCUCGAUCAUAGCCUUCCGCUUGUGACGCUCACAACGCGUCUGGUCAACUCCUAUCUGUCCGUGCACUACCAGCAUUCGACCCUCUCCGCUGCCCGCAGGUUGUUCGGUCAAGUGUUCACCACGGUCAAGCCGGACGCGAGGACGUACCUGGAAGCGCUGGAGCGAUGCGCGUAUGCCCGUCGCGGACCUGAGCGGGCGCUGGCUCUCGAGUGGGCGAGCGAGCUAUGGGAGACGUAUUCUGCGCUGAAAGACGUGCCUGCGCGUACUGUGGAACGAGCGUGGGUCGCGUAUAUGCGUGUUCUCGUGUUGAACGGCCAGACUCUGGGUGCGCUGACGCACAUCCGCCAGUUUGCAGCGCGGUAUCCGCCAUCAGACCUGCUUGUGCCGAAAAGUACAAAACAUCCGGCCCGCUCGACCCGGACCGCGAUCGUCCCCAACUCUUUUCCUCGCCCGAUCGUUCGGCUGACGGCGCCGACGGACGUCCCCGACGAUGCCGUUCCUCCCCUACUUACAUUUUCCGACAUUGAGCUGCUCCACCAUCGACUGGUUGCCGAGGCGAAUCUGAACCUGAGUAGGGACAGGGAUGGGGCUGCGAAAAAGGGCAUCGGAUAUCUUAAAUAUCUUGUCAAGGCGUAUGAGUGGGCACUCAGAGGGAGGAGGGACGCCGUUAUGAAGGCUCGGGCGGAGUAGAUCUAUGUUAGUUUACACCACAUCUAAGUUCAUGAGCAUUCAGCAUUUUUUUUUCGCAGUACCUUAGUAAGCGAUACACUUUUGCUUGUGCAUGCUUGCCCGAUCAUCAUUACCCUUGUUCUCCUAACCCAAGCAGUACGCUCGCAACGUUUUUGUCGGUCGUAACCCCGCCGUUUGUCGCCCCUGGCAAUCAAAAGUUGUCGUCCACUCUUUCUCUGCUGCAGUCAUUAGCCACACCAUCAGCACCACCACCCCAACUAUGCUCACGCGCAUCACCGUCCUUGUUGCUACGGCCGUGGCUGCCCAUGCGGCCUCGUCGUCCGCCUCAGCCUCCGCAGCGCCUGCAGCCACUCCUGCGCUGAGCCCCUACAUCCCCACGAGCGGCAUCUCAACGUCGUGUUCUGUCUACCUCGCGACCCUUGACACCGACUCGGAUCUUUCCGUCUGUACCUCCGCACUCAACACCGCCGUCGCCUCAUUCGCGCCGCCUGCGUCCUCCGCGUCCUCGUCUUCCGUGUCGUCGGCCCUGAGCACCGUCUGCUCCUCUGCGACGACGGGCAGCUGCAGCCAGAGCCUCCUGACAGGCAAGCUCGCGGCCUUCCACGUCGCCUGUGGGCCGGAGCUCACGGGUUCCUCACCCAACGCGGAAGUCAAGGGGCUGUACGACACGUUCUACACCCUGCUGCCGCUCAUCGGGAGCGUCUGCGCCAAGGACGACGCGGGCGCGUACUGCGUCCUGUCGAAGAACGGCACCACAUCGGCCUCCCCCGCUGGUCUGCUCGCGUCGUCGUCGUCCUCGAGCGCGCCCACUCCGAAUGCUGCGACGAUCGACAGCGGCAACCUGCUGUUCCUGGCACUCAGCCCGUCGCUGUCUGUGGCGCAGCUGUGCACGUCAUGCACCCGCGCGGUGCUGACGAGCUUCAUCAGCUUCGAGUCCGACACCGCGUACGCCCCGGGACUCGGGCAGAGUGCGUUCAUUUCUGGCCAGCCGGCGUUGUAUGCUUCGAUCAUGAGCAAGUGCGGCUCCAACUUCAUGACGCACGCCGUUCAAGCGGCCGGUGGACUCGGCCAGGGCUCCUCGGGCGUCAGUGCCGCUGUCGGUGGGGCCAGGGCUGGCGCAGCCGCAAUGCUGCUCGGUUCCGUCGGCGUCGUAGCGGCUUUGCUUGUAUAGAUGUGAUCGACGCACUGUGAUACCCAUGUCUGUCUGCUAUUUUAUUCUUAACAGAAGUAGGGUUGCGAAUAUACAGGACUGGCAAGUCUGGGACGCCCAGUCAACGCACUCCCGGCAUUUGCCGCUUCGUCGCAGUGGGGGUUCUAGUUUUUUCUUUCUUUUUCGUUCUGAGAUUAUGUAACUCCAUUCGAUCCCUUGAUCAGGAAGUUUCCAAUCAUCUUGGCUUGGACGUUGGAAAAACGACCGUGAUCGAAGUCCCAUUACGCGCACAGGCUGAAUUUAGUACCCUCAACGAUGAACGGCGCCCAUGACAGGGAUUCAGGAUGAAUGUAAAUCCGGACGUUGAACAGGCAGAGAUCGUUGUCACGAACGGUUGAACGUCAGCGCCUGGGGAUUCUGUGCCCUACUCGCCUCCGAGGACUUGCAGUCUGAAUCGCUUCGAGGCAUAUCUGGGAGACCCUGUAAAUCUGGGAUAUGAAGAUCCAGACAGCUCAGUAGAACUGACGACAGGCUUUUUUCAAAGUGCAAAUGGGCCUUGUCAUUUCUGGAUAAAUGCAUGCAGCACUUGCCGAGAAUUCGAGCCCCCUGGGUUGGUGUCGAAGAACAAACGAAACCUCUUCCCUUUCUACUCAGAAUCAGUCGAUAGCUCGAGAGAUCGUGCAACUUUUACAGGAUCUUGG